AUGAUGAAGGAGGAGGAGGAGUAUAAAAAGGAGUUUAUAUCCAUUCACAUUGGCCAGACUGGUAUUAACCUUGGCAAUUCUUGCUGGGAACUUUACUGUCUUGAACAUGGAAUUCAGCCUGAUGGUAUGCAGAGUACUACUGAAGAUGGAGAUGAUGAUGGUGAUUACAGGUUCCGUACAUUCUUUAGUGAAACAAGUUCAGGGAAGUUUGUUCCUCGUGCUCUGUUUAUCGAUCUUGAGCCUAGUGUUAUUGAUGAAGUGAAAAGUGGAACAAAUGGCCAGCUCUAUAACCCUCAACAAUUUAUCUGUGGCAAAGAAGAUGCAGGAAAUAACUUUGCUCGUGGUUACUACACUCUUGGAGGGAAGAUAAUUGGUGAAUGUUUAGAUCGUAUCAGAAAGCUUGUGGAUGAUUGUUCUAAUCUGUCGGGUUUUGUGAUCUUUAACUCGGUUAGUGGAGGCACUGGUUCGGGUUUCUGUUCACUUCUGUUGGAAAGCUUGUCAACUGAGUAUGAGCCAAAAGAAAAAAUUGCAUUUACUGUGUAUCCUUCCCCUGAUGAUGAGUUUUCACCAUCUAUUUUGGACUCAUAUAAUACUAUUCUUGCAAGUUAUUCCCUCAAAGAACAUUCCAAUGUUACUCUCAUGUUUGAUAAUGUCUCUGUUUCUGAUAUAUGUCGCCGCUCUCUUGAUAUUGAAAACCCCACCUAUGUUAACAUGAAUCGACUCGUCUCUCAGGCCAUCUCCUCAUUAACUGUUUCAAUGAGGUUUGAAGGAUCAACAUUUAAUCAAAAUUUACGGUCCUUUUGUGAUAGCACAUGUCUAGGAUUAAUUAGAUUUGUGGGUUGUUCAUAUGUUCCGGUUUUGUCAGCCAAAGAGGUUCAACAUAAACAACAUUCAUUUGUAGAACUUACUAAUGCUGCAUUAGAACCCUCGUCUUACAUGGUUAAGUGUGAUCCAUAUAAGGGAAUGUAUAUGAAAAACUUGAUAGUUUACCGCGGGGAUGAUGUGGAUUUUGAUGAAGUGGAUAGUGCGGCAUCUAUGGCCAGACCAAGAACUGGAUCUGGAUUUCACUAUUUCGAUACUUCUUAUAGGUCUGGCAUCAAUUAUGUGCCCGUGACAGUCUAUCCGGGAGGCGAUUUAGCAACCGUGCAGAGGGAAGUGUGCGUUGUAUCCUGCACGACGAGUAUCCAAGACGUUUUUACCCGAAUAAGUCACAAGUUUAAUCAUAUGUAUGUCAAGAAGGACUUUCUUCAUUCGUAUUUUUGUGAAGGUAUGGAGGAAUAUGAGUUUUCUGAAGCAUAUGAGGAGAUAGCUACAAAACUUGUAAAAUUAUGCCAGGUGUUUGAAAACGAAGAUCCAUAG